CUUGUUUUUCUUGUUUCUGCAUAUCUCAAGAAGGUGGGACGUGCCCAUGUAAACAGCUAAGCUCAGUGCACAUACAACUAAGCACGAGGAUUGGUUUCUGUGCCUUGGAUUUGAGCUCAGACCGCACCAAAAGAUGUCUAAAAAACCUCCUCCGGUGGUCCCCAGAAAGCCCUCAGGUGUCCGGGUCAUGAUACCUCCGGGGGGGCAGCCUCUCCCCGGCGGCCUGCCCACCUACGCAGAUUGUGGCAAAGAGAAUGGCGCCCACCACGAGGACUCAAAUCACACAUCUCAACCGAGUGCGGAGAGAGAAGUGGAGAUUCUGAACCACUGCAUUGACGACAUGGAGCGAUUCAUGGGACGGCUGCAGCAGACAGCAGAGGCCCAGAGUGUUCUCCAACAAAGGAGGAAGAAGAGAAGCAGGAAGAGCAAGAACAAGGCGGGCCACGAUGAUGAUGUGUUGACCGUGAAAGCCUCUCCUCCACCAGAAGGAGACUUCUUGGAUCUCUUUCAGAAAAUCAAGUACUCCCUCAGUCUGCUGGACCGUCUCAAGUCAUCCAUCUCACAGCCUGAUGCACCAGACCUGCUGCAUCACAUCUUUGUGCCUCUAAGACUAAUGAUGAAAACCACUGGAGGGCCAGCCUUAGCUGCAACAGUGGUUAUUCCUGCUAUGACCAGAGGUGCCGUUUCACUGCUCCAGGAGCAUCUGACCGAAGGGGAAAAGGAACUCUGGACUUCAUUAGGUUCCAACUGGACUUCAUCCUGUUCGCACCUCAAUGUGGCCGUUCCUCCAUAUUCACCCGUCUUCCUGGAUGGAUGGCAGCCUCGGGCCUAUGACUCCGCCGGCCAGCCUUUGGAGGAUCCCAUCGAGUUGCAGCACAAGCAGGAUGUUUUCAGGGAAAGGAUGGAGGCGCAAACUCUGCAGGACCAAACUCGAAGAACAGCACAAGGCACAGAUGAAGUAGAGGGCAAUGGGCUCACACCAGAAGGCGAGAGAUUUUACUGCUGCAGUUAUGACUUUGUGGCAAGAAACAGCAGUGAGCUCUCUGUGCUACAAGGAGAAACACUGGAGGUAGUAGAGUCGUCCAAGCGAUGGUGGAAGUGUCAGAAUCGCUUCGACCAGAUAGGAUUUGUUCCCUCCAACAUCCUGGAGCCCCUGUCUGCUCUGAAUCACACGGGGAGGGACAGUCCGGUGGUACGCAGAGAGUCAAAGAAGACGCCGAUUUCUCCAAGGACAAAUUACUUCUCAUAUGCUCCAUCAAGCCCGAUUGGGACCAGUCCUACCGCUAUGAGCCCACCAGCGCGCCCUCAGAGCAUGGCUCUGCCGUCGCGGACAAUGGGAGAAGACGACAGCCGAGUCCUGAUGAUCAACGAUGAGCUCGUACAGCGGCUGGCUGGGAGAGGAGGCUCGGCCCGUCCGCUGGUGGCGCCCCGCGCCGCCGACACUUCCGCCCCCCUGAACUAUCACUCGCCAUCUACCGAGGUGGAGGCCUGGCUCACCGCCAAGGGCUUCAGUCAGCAGACAAUUCAGAGUUUGGGAAUUUUAACGGGAGCACAGCUCUUUUCCCUGGAUAAGGAGGAACUCCGCACAGUGUCACAAGAGGAAGGCGCAAGAGUUUACAGCCAGAUAAUGGUGCAGAAAGCCCUUCUCGAGGACGUGCGCAAAGCCACAGAGUUAGAGACGGCGAUGGAGAAGCAAAAGCUGAAGAUUGGCCUGAAGUCAGAGAGUGGUGCAUUUUGACGAAGCUAUUCACGUUCACUAAUCCAGAUGUGGCAUCAACGAUCAACCGACACAACUGAAGUGUUGCCGACACAGCUGGUGGCACAGAGGGACGUUUUAAUCCCACAUGCUGUUGUCGUUUCUGCGCUGAAGAUUCAUCAACAAGAGCAAACUGUGUUAAAAGAAAGACUCUCCUACAAAAACUGUUAUAUUGGAAAAAAAAAUGUAUAUCCUCAGACAGAGGGUCUUUAUUCCCCAGUUUAUUAACAUUAUUAUGUAUGUGUAUUUUUGGUCAUAUUUCUCUAACAAUUUAAAUAUUUCUAUUAUCCUUUGUUUAGACAAUAUCCGAAACAUGAAAAUAAACACAAAUGCCAUAAAAUAAACAUAAUGAUUUUUAGUCUAAUGUGUUAUUGCUGUGAAGCAUUUAUGACAAUGGUCUGAAACUACUUUUCAGAGCUUUAAAAAAAAAACAUUAAAUAUAUAGCAUGUUAAAAAUGUUCAUCUCCACAGAACAGAUUGAUUUUUUUUAUUGCUUUAUCGUCAGUCUGUAUUACAACAAUGUUGUUUGUUGCAGGCAGAUGCUGUUAUAAUUUUUUGAAUACUUUAAAUUUACUGAUCAUAUAUAUAUAUUCUUUGAUAUUAAAAUGUUCCAUUAUGAUUGCAUUAUGGUUCAUUAUGAUCACAGCUGUGGUACACAUCAUAACAUACUGUAUAAGAUGGAUAUAAGAAAUACAUUGUUGUUGAUGUAGCAGCUU